GCCGCUUCUCAUCCCCUUUCACGUGGAAAGCAGCCGGUUGGGAGCUCACCUCAGCCACGGGGUUCACAGGUAUCCUUGAAGUGACGAGAUCGCAGGUCACUCACUCGGAGGGGUCGUCUGGGAUUAUCGCCGCUUGUGAUCCCGCCUUUUGAUCCAACAAAAAACAACCGGGUCGGUGCGAUAUGGGUCUCUUCUUUACCGCCUAGUCCAAAGUCUUAGUCCUGCGAUUCUUGCCCUCAUCUUCGUCCAAGCUCUGUGAAAGAUCCUACUGCAUUGCCGCCGGCUAGAAGCAUCUGAAAGGUGCAGUCAAGCCGAGUUCUAGGGUCGUAUUCCUGCGGCUCUCUCCAAGCAGAUAAUACCGCCUGCAAGCAUCUCACCGCGGGGCACUGCACACUAACCGAAUCAUGUCCGACGACGAGCCCGACCUCGAACUCCUGGCCCUCCUCCGCCAGCGGUUCCAGGGGAAGCUCAAUAUUGACGAUGAGCCCGAGACGGGCGUUCUCGACGGCGCCGAGUUCGUCUACGACAACUCCAUCGACGUCGCCAUCGACAUGAGGGCCACAAAGAGGGCCGCCGCCACCAUCUACGCCCAGAUGGAACAGAAGAAGUACUCAACCUCCACCUGGGCAGAGCACGAGCUGCACCCAAAGACAAAGGACGAGAGCACCGCCGCCUUCAUCUUCACCAUGGACCUGCUCAACUUUUGCUUCUGGUCAGAGAAGCCCGAGGACGAGAGGUACGCGGUCGAGUAUCGCGGCAAGACCUGGACGGGCUACUGGAGCAUGGUCGCCUCGCUGCAGCGCGCCCUCGAGGAGGGCAUCCCCAUCACCAGCUCCGAUUUUUGGCAGAGCGAGGACGAAUGCAACUUGGAAGUUCUCAGACACGUCUUCCGCUCCAAGACGGAGGAGGAGAUGCCCCUUCUCGAGAAACGCUUGGUGUGCUUGCGGGAAGCCGGUACUGUCUUGUAUGAGAGGUACAGUUGCAGCGUGACGAAACUCAUCGAGGCCGCCAAGGGAUCGGCCGCACGGCUUGUGAACUUGCUCGCCCGCGAUUUCGACUGUUUCCGCGAUGAGCACAAAUUCGACGGCCGUCGGAAGCCGGUGAGGAUCCUCAAGAGAGCGCAGAUCCUCGUGGCCGACAUCUGGGCAUGCUUUGGCGGUGAGGGCAUCGGUGCUUUUAGGGAUAUCGACAAGAUCACCAUGUUCGCCGACUACCGGGUCCCGCAGAUUCUCAGCACCAUGGGUUGUUUGUAUUAUAGCCCUUCGCUGGCGACGGCUAUCACUGAUAAGCGGGUUAUUGAGAGCGGAUCGAGGUUGGAGUUGCAAUUGAGAGCGUGCAGUAUUUGGUGCGUUGAGCUCAUCAAACGGGAGAUCCAGAGGGACCACCCCGGAACGAGCGUCAACGCCAUUUUGAUCGAUUUCUUUUUGUAUGAUACCAUGAAGGAGCUGGAGGCGGCUGGCACGGAGACGAUAGGACAUCACAGAACACGGAGUAUUUGGUACUGAGGUAGAGCAGCUUGAUCAAGGUAUGGCCAAGAUGGGGAGACGGGAGACCUUCAGCACCUCUGAUAAGGGGUAUAAUUCAUGUUCGCUGUUGUCCAGCAUAGAACAUUUCGUGUGAUAAUUUACAGCAAACCCCCG